CGGCUCACGUGUCCCUGCUGCCGGCUCGGGCGUGAAGCGCUGUAGAUUUUAGGUGAAGUUUUGAGAAAGAAGAAAUUGGGGCCAGAGGGAAGUGAGGAAAAUCAGAUCCCAGAUCUUUGGAGAGAAAGAGCUGUAAGGAACAACACACCCUCUACCACAGACCGUCAGGUGGAAAUAGCAGGUUGAGAAGAGCUGGGGCUCACAGGCCACCUGGAAUAAUAGUCCCAAACAGGCUGGUGCCGCCCUCCAGCUGAAGGUGUUCCCUCAGCUGCCCCAAGAAUGUGAUUGUGAAGCCAAAUCUGCAGAUCCAGUGGGAAGCAGGCUCCCAGGGCCAUGGCCCAGGUCAGCAUCAACAGUGACCUCGGCGAGUGGGGCUCGAGCAUGGACUCUGGGGAGCGGGCCCGUCUGCUGCAGAGUCCCUGUGUGGACACGGCCCCCAAGAGUGAAGGGGAGGCCUCUCCUGAGGGUCUGGGCGGAGGUACCACUUCCACCCUUGGGGCCAUCUUCAUCGUCGUCAACGCCUGCCUAGGUGCAGGGCUGCUCAACUUCCCAGCCGCCUUCAGCACGGCAGGUGGGGUGGCGGCUGGUGUCGCGCUGCAGAUGGGCAUGCUGGUCUUCAUCAUCAGCGGCCUCGUCAUCCUGGCCUACUGCUCCCAGGCCAGCAACGAGAGGACCUACCAGGAGGUGGUGUGGGCCGUGUGUGGCAAGCUGACGGGAGUGCUCUGCGAGGUGACCAUUGCCAUCUACACCUUUGGCACCUGCAUCGCCUUCCUCAUCAUCAUUGGGGACCAACAAGACAAGAUUAUAGCUGUGAUGGCAAAGGAGCCUGAGGGGGCCGGUGGCAGCCCCUGGUACACAGACCGAAAGUUCACCAUCAGCCUCACGGCCUUUCUCUUCAUCCUGCCCCUUUCCAUCCCCAGAGAGAUCGGCUUCCAGAAAUAUGCCAGCUUCUUGAGCGUCGUGGGCACCUGGUACGUCACUGCCAUCAUUAUCAUCAAAUAUAUCUGGCCAGAUAAAGAGAUGACCCCAGGGGACAUCCUGACCAGGCCAGCUUCCUGGGUGGCUGUGUUCAAUGCUAUGCCCACCAUCUGCUUCGGAUUUCAGUGCCACGUGAGCAGCGUGCCCGUCUUCAACAGCAUGCGGCAGCCCAAGGUGAAGACUUGGGGUGGGGUGGUGACAGCCGCCAUGGUCAUCGCCCUCGCUGUCUACAUGGGCACGGGCAUCUGUGGCUUCCUGACCUUUGGAGCUGCUGUGGACCCCGACGUGCUGCUGUCCUACCCUUCUGAGGACAUGGCUGUGGCCGUUGCCCGCGCCUUCAUCAUCCUGAGCGUGCUCACCUCCUACCCCAUCCUGCACUUCUGUGGGCGGGCGGUGGUCGAAGGCCUGUGGCUGCGCUAUCAGGGGAUGCCCGUGGAGGAGGACGUGGGGCGCGAGCGGCGGCGGCGCAUGCUGCAGACCCUUGUCUGGUUCCUGCUCACCCUGCUGCUGGCACUGUUCAUCCCUGACAUCGGCAAGGUCAUCUCGGUCAUCGGGGGCCUGGCCGCCUGCUUCAUCUUUGUCUUCCCAGGACUGUGCCUCAUUCAAGCCAAACUGUCUGAGAUGGAAGAAGUCAAGCCAGCCAGCUGGUGGGCGCUGGUCAGUUAUGGUGUCCUCUUGGUCACCCUGGGAGCCUUCAUCUUCGGCCAGACCACAGCCAACGCCAUCUUUGUGGAUCUCUUGGCAUAACCACUGCCUCCAGGCAACACAUGGCCUUUGCCGCUGGACCCAGGAACCCAUCUCUUCAAGCUGUGGGGCCACCCUGAGUCCAACAUCAUUCCUC